CCCAAACAGUGAAAGAGAACUCCACCAGGGAUGCAUCAGCAAAAUGCGGAGUCAACCGGUCAGCACGUCAAAUAAAUAAACUCACCGACGUUUAAACCUUUGAGUCCUGCAGGCGAAGGACUUAAUUUAAAGUCAAAUCUGCGUUUGAGUCUUUUGUCAGCAUCAGUACUUUUGCACGGUGUCAGCCUGUGAUAGCCGUCUAUCCUAUAGUGUCUAUAUAGGAGGGCAGCAUGGCAGAUAUCGAGUCCUCUUUUGAGUUCAGCUCUUCUCUGACCAGCUCGUCACUGCCUCCUCCUCGGACACGCAUCUUUAAAAUCAUCGUGAUUGGAGACUCGGGGGUUGGCAAGACUUGCCUCACCUAUAGAUUCUGUGCGGGCAAGUUUCCAGACAAGACUGAGGCCACUAUUGGGGUGGAUUUCCGAGAGAAGGUUAUAGAGAUAGAUGGCGAGAAAAUCAAGGUCCAGUUGUGGGACACCGCAGGCCAGGAGCGUUUCCGUAAGAGUAUGGUGCAGCACUACUACCGCAACGUCCAUGCUGUGGUGUUUGUCUAUGAUGUCACCAACGCUGCCAGCUUCCGAAGCCUUCCAGCUUGGAUUGAAGAGUGUCGCCAACAUGCACUCGGUCAGGAGGUGCCCAGAAUCCUGGUCGGCAACAAGUGCGACCUACGUCACGCCGCUCAAGUAAGCACAGAUGUUGCACAGCAGUUUGCAGAUACACACUCAAUGCCUCUAUUCGAGACCUCAGCCAAAAACCCAUACGGAAAUGAAGACGGCAGUCGGAAUAAUAGUGACCACGUGGAGGCCAUUUUUAUGACGGUGGCGCAUAAGCUGAAAUCCCAGAAGCCGCUGAUUUUAAGCCAGCCACCUUGCGGAUCUGGAGACACUGUCACUCUUAGGAGGCAAGACCAGGAGGACGGGGGAAACUGGGGCUGCGGUUGUUGGAGAAGCUAAUGAAGUGCACAUUUAGGGGAGGAAAUGCAGAUAUAAAGGCGCUUUUGUGUUAUCUUUAAAGAAUACUCCUCUUUUUUUUGAAAAUAUGCUCAUUUUACAACUCGCCAAGAGUUAAACUGCCGAGUUUUACCAUUUUUGAAUCCAUUCAGCUGAUCUCCAGGUCUGGCAGGAGCACUUUUAGCUUAGCUUAGCAUAGAUUAUUGAAUCAGAUUAGACCAUUAGCAUAUUGCGCAAACAUGACUAAUGUUUAGAUAAUAUUCCUGCUUAAAGCUGUAGUUAAUGUACUGAAAUCGACAGAAAAUGAAAAGCUGCUAUUUUUCUAAUCCAUGGGUCUCAAACUCAAUUCCUGGAGGGCCGCAGCUCUGCACAGUUUUGCUCCAAGCCUGAUCAAACACAGCUGAUUCAACUAAUGAAGCUGUUCACGACUCUUUUGAACACCUUGACUAUUUGGAUCAGCUGUGUUUGAUAGGGAUAGAGCAAAACUGUGCAGAGCCCUCCAGGAAUUGAGUUUGAGACCCAU